AUGGCUCCCAAAUUCAAGGACGGAGAUACUGUCGUAUCUAUCAAUGGUAGAUGGGUGUCAUGGGCGCAUACUCUCGCCGCCUAUACUGCCUUCCUCGGGGCAUUGAUUGUCGGCAUACGGCUUCACUACCACAAGAUUGUCCAAAACGAAUACUACGGCUACCCACAAGAAUGGUUCCCCUCAGUGUCGGCAACAAUUGGUGAUCGCUACCCGGAACGAUCGGUCUUCCAGCUGUUUAUUGCUAUCACCUCAGGCCCGCGCUUUGCUCUCGUCUUCCUCUGGUACAUCCUUACAGCUCGUCCAAACUCUUCCCUCCCAAAAUUCAUCGCUGGGACUGGAUUGUUCCGGACAUUGACUUGCGGUGGCUGGACAUAUAUUACUUCGACGGAUGAUCAUGAUUGGCACGAUAUAUUCAUGAUUUCAUAUCUGGUUGCUACCCUGCCCUGGACUUUGGGGUGCCUUGCCUUAAGCCCCAAUAACCGUCAGGCCGUGAAGUAUCGGAAGAUUCUUGCAGGCGUCUUUUUCGGCACACUUGUUCCAUUGAUAUAUUACUUUAUCCAGCAUAAAGUUCACAGGGUGCCUGGCGCUUACACGAAAUACGCCUUCUUUGAAUGGGCGCUUGUCUUAUUCGACGUGGGAUUCGACGCGGUUACGGUCCUUGAUUUUAGCGCAUUCGAAAUUGUGGUAAGAGAUGUGAAGGGUAUCAGCAGAGGAAGAUCGAAGACCGCUGGAGACGCUGUCCUUGAAACGCAGUACGCCUUGCCUUUCUUCUCUCAUUUAUUCUCCACAUGUUAA